AAGUCUAUCCAAGAGUCCAGGGAAGGAGCAGAACCUGCAGAAGUGUCGUUGCCCUGCCUGCUGGCUAUUGAUUCCCUAUUGACUUCUGCCUUAUCAGUUCUCCUGCAAUGAGAACUUUGCCCCACUCAACCAUUUUCCACACCUACAUCCUGAAAGGUUUAAAUUCCUGCCUGGGCAAGGCCUACCUGUUCUGUUUCCUGUUGCUGAGAGACUGUCAUCUUGUAGCAGCACACACUUCUGCCAGGGAUUCAACCGUGCCACUCGGUAGACUUCCUGGCUGGCUGUCUGCUGUGCCCUGUGGGCUCCUGCUUCUCCUCCUCCACGUGCAUGGCCAGGACUCAGCCAGCCCCAUCAGGAACACACACACAGGGCAGGUGAGAGGAAGCCUCGUCCAUGUGAAAGACGGUGAACUUGGUGUUCACACCUUCCUGGGGAUUCCCUUUGCCAAGCCACCUGUUGGACCACUGCGUUUUGCACCCCCAGAGCCCCCUGAGCCAUGGAGUGGUGUGAGAGAUGGGACCUCCUUUCCAGCCAUGUGUCUGCAGACUGAUAUAAUGACUCUAGAGGGCGCUGAGGAGAUGAAUCUGAUCGUGCAUCCCAUUUCUAUGUCCGAGGACUGCCUGUAUCUCAACAUCUACACACCAGCCCAUGCCCAUGAGGGCUCUAACCUGCCUGUGAUGGUAUGGAUUCAUGGUGGUGCACUUGUUAUGGGAAUGGCUUCCAUGACUGAUGGAUCCAUACUGGCUGCUACUGAGGAUAUAAUAAUGGUUGCUAUCCAGUAUCGCUUGGGUAUCCUCGGCUUCUUCAGUUCUGGAGACCAGCAUGCCACAGGCAACUGGGGCUACCUGGACCAAGUGGCUGCCCUACGCUGGGUCCAGCAGAAUAUCGCUUACUUUGGAGGCAACCCUGGCCAGGUCACUAUUUUUGGCGGGUCAGCAGGAGGAACAAGUGUGUCUUCACUUGUUGUGUCCCCAAUGUCCAAAGGACUUUUCCAUGGAGCCAUCAUGCAGAGCGGAGUGGCCCUGCUGCCUGACCUUAUCUCUGACACACCCGAGGUGGUCUACACAAAAGUGGCCAACCUAUCUGGAUGUAAAGCCAGGGACUCAGAGGCCAUGGUGCUCUGCCUCCGAGACAAGAGUGAUGAAGAGAUUCUGGCUAUCAACCAGGUCUUCACUAUGACCCCUGGUGUGGUGGAUGGGACGUUCCUACCAAGGCACCCUCGGGAGCUGUUGGCCUCUGGGGAUUUUCCUCCUGUCCCCAGCAUCAUUGGUAUCGACAGUGAUGAAUUUGGCUGGGGAAUCCCCUUGUACAUGGGUUUUGAUCAUGUCAUAAAGAAUAUAACCAGACAGACCCUGUCAGGUAUUUUGAAGAACACAGCAGCACAUAUGAUGCUGCCUCCUGAGUGUAGUGACCUGUUGAUGGAAGAGUACAUGGGGGACGUUGAGGACCCACAGACUCUGCAAGCACAGUUCAGAGACAUGAUGGCGGACUUCAUGUUUGUGAUCCCUGCACUCCAAGUAGCCCAUUUUCAGCGGUCCCAUGCUCCUGUCUACUUCUAUCAGUUCCAGCACCAGCCCAGCUUCACCAAGCAUAAGCACCUCAGGCCAUCCCAUGUGAGGGCUGACCAUGGUGAUCAUGGUGCCUUUGUCUUUGGCUCCAACCUCUGGGGCUUGAAACUUGACCUCACUGAGGAGGAGAAGCUGCUGAACAGGAGGAUGAUGAAGUACUGGGCCAACUUUGCAAGACAUGGGAACCCCAACAGUGAGGGUCUCCCCUACUGGCCUGAGUUGAUCCACCAUGAGCAGUACCUGCAGCUGGACAUCUAUCCUGCUGUGGGCCGAGCCCUGAAGGCCAGGAAGCUGCAGUUCUGGACGAAGACUCUGCCUCAGAAGAUCCAGGAGCUAAAGAGGAAUCAGGAGAAGCACACAGAGCUUUAAUGCCUAUGUCAGGAAAGGUGGAUGGGGUCAUCCUGAGGUUACAAAUUCCAUUUAUUUAACUUAUUUGUUUCAAUGCUCACAUAAGCAUUUCUAACCUCAGUUUUUGCCUUUUCAGUCAGGAAGAUAAUCCCUCCGGGCGUUACUCCUUAUCCUCUGGACACAUUUUAUUAGAUUCAGUAAAUACUCUCAUAACCAUAUGGAUGUGUGAACCCCAAUGUUCCCCCAUCUUAACACUUCACUGUGAUUAGGCUCGCUCCUCCCUUCCUACCUCCUCUCUUCCCUCCCUGCUUUCCUUCCUCUCAGCAUCUUUUCACACCCCCUUUUCUCCUCUUUUCGAAGCCUUCGAAUCUCUUCAAAUGAAGCAGAAGCUCUGGGCACAAUUGACAAUAGGAAAUCCCCUGUCCUUUCUCAGCAAGCUCAUGUUUUCUGUUUCUCAUCUGCCAACAGAAAAUCUGAUUUCCCAAAUCCCUAUUGCCUUCAUAAUUUCACAAAGCUGCUCCCAAUAGGUCAUAAACUACAAGCUGGGCUCUUAGUGUCUGUGGCCUCAGGUGUUUGGAGGCUGAGACAGGAGGAUUAUAAAAGCCCAAGGCAAAUUAGCAAGGCCCACAGCUCAGAAACAAAACCAAAAAGUCAUAAUCUCGAUAACUUACAAAUGGUAUCAAAUGUACAGUUUUAUAGAUUGAGAAUCAGGUACCAGAUGUCCACAGAUUUGCUUUAUGGUGUCAUGCAGAUCUCUUGCUAGAGGUCUCAAGAAUUACAUCUUGUGCCCUCUGCUGGUAGAAUAUGUAAACAAUGGAAUUCCAAGGACAACAUUAAGUCCCUGCUGACUUGAACAGGGAACAGGGAAGAUUGUCCUCUUAGUGAGACUGACCGUGCAGGUUGUUCCCAUUCUAUGUGUAGAGAAUUUUUUAAAGUUCUUAUUGCAAGGUUGUUUUUGCUUUUCAGUUCUGUACAUACACACUAAACUUCCAACACCGAGCCAGAAUCUGUUCUAGACAUUUAAUAGUGAUCUCACUUUUAGUAUCUUGGCUGUGGGUUGUCUUUAUGGGACAAGGGCCUGUUGUGAGGGCUUAUGUGUGUCAGGCAAGUGCUCUACCCAAACUAUUCCCUUAGACUACUGUGGGCUGUUUAAAUGAAAUUAAUCUUUUAGAUGAAUGGUUUAGUAAGUCUGAGAAAACUCACAAGACAUGCAACUGCCACCACAUCCGGUUCAGAACAGCCCUCACUCCCCCACCAAGGCUUUCCUCAUGCGUCUUUGCUGUCAUCCACUGACCACUGUAACCAAGACAUUACUUAAAUGGCUAUAUUGGGGCUUGUUUCCAAUGAAGUACAAGUGGAAAGUAGGGUGACUGGCUAUGACACCUCACAUAAUGUUUUUGUUUCCUUCUAUUGUGGAAUGCCAUCCAGCUGUGCACACGACACAUUCUAUCCACUUACCCUAACGAUGGGCAACUGAUUAUUUUCACCAACUUAUUCUUUCACUUGUUUAUUUGCUCUUCAUUUUUGGACAAGGUCUCUAUGUAGCCCAGACGGACCCUGAAUUCAUGAUAUCACUGCCUUGGCUUCCUGGGUGUUUAAAUUAUAGGCAUGAGCCUCCAAUCCCAGGUUUGCAUUUUAAUAAAGCUGUAUGGAUAUUCUCACACAUGAUUUCACGUACUCAAGUUUUGAAUUUACAAGCUAGAGCAGGAUUCCCUAGUCACGCAACACAUGUGUUAAACAUUUACAGAAGUUUUAAGGUUAGGGAUGUAACUCAGUUGUAGAGAGCUUGCCCUGUAUUACAGGGCCCUGGGUGUGAUGCCCAACACCAUAGAAAAUAAUAAAAUAAAAUAAAGCAGAUCAGAUGACAUAGGCUUACAAUCCUUUCUGUUCAGAGGUCUGAAGGACAGGAAUCACAAGAGAAACCUGCCUGAGCUAUUGAGCAAGCUCCAGGGAAGGCAACAUUAGUUAUAGUUUCUCUCCACAUGAUAAGUACAAAAAUGAUUAAGUCUAAUUUUAGUGAAUGGGUUAUUAAAGGAGGAAAAAGAGAAAAAGGAGGAGGAGGCAGAGAAGGGAGAAAAAGAAAAGAAAGAACAGCAGAAGGAGGAAAGGAGAAGGAAGAGAAGAGGAAGGAAUAACAAAAUUAGAAGAAGAAUAUGGUGGGUGUUUGGGGUGUCUUGAGGGUGUUGUGGUGUAGGGUUGAAUAUGACAUAUUUUAUUAGUGUAUGAAUUUACCAAAGAACAAAAAAUUCCAGUGAUCUGGGAAUACAGUUCAGUGGUAUAGUUCUUACCUGACACGUGUAAGACUUAGGUCCAAUAUUAUCCACUGUAAAAAGAGAGUGUAAUUUUUGUUUCCCGGGUUGUGUUGUGAGUGGAGCAUCUGCAGGGGGUGUACCUAUGUGUGUGUAUGUGUGUGUGUGUGUGUGCAUGUAUGUGUGUUUGUGUCAGUGUGCCUGUGUGUGUGUCAGUGUACAUGUGUGUGUGUGUGUGUCUGCCCAGAAGAGUAGGGCUGGUUCCUUUGUGUCUGCUGAGAUUUGUUUUUACCCCCGAGGGUUCUGCUGACUCUGAGGCCCACCCUUGCAUGAUCACAGCACAUCUGUGAAGAUGUUUGUGUCAUCUGUGAAGAUGUUUAACAGAAUGGGAUCAGGUGUUCACUGUUUUACAGCUCCAAAUCUACUGUGGGGUUAGAAUUCAAGUUCUUUCCACCCCAGCCUGUGCACCCUCCCCUGUACCCUCCCAAAAUGAGCACAGGAACAAGCAAAGGGGCUGAUGGGAAUGCCUUAUAUUGUGUAUUUGUUUUGAAAGGGAGUUUCAAUAUGUUGGACUGAUUGUCCUGAAAUUCACUUCAUGUCCAAAACACAGUCCUCUUGUCUAGGGGCUUGAGAUUACAGCGGUGUGCAAUUACUCCCUGACCUGGGAACACUGGUACCAUUCCUUCUUUCAUUUGUUUUUUUAUUUUUCGAUUUGUUGUUUUAAACCAAUACAACAUCGUCAUCCAAGUGAUGAUUCUUGCAGUACCCUCUCUGACCACCAGGUGGCAGGAGAGCUAUGAGAAUACUAUUUGCUUGGCCUCUACAGCUGGGCAGAUGAGCUGUGCCUGGUACUUCCACAGGCACCUGAGGGCAUUACUGAGCUCCUGCUGUAUACACAUCUCUGUGAGAUGUAGACUUCUGCGGAUGUACAGAACAUUUCACCAAGGCGUUUUUAGACACUAUGUAACCCUCUUACCAUUGGAAAGCUUUGCCAUCAAAUAAUUUCUAUACAAUAAAAUUUACCUUUCACUGGAAUAACUUGGUAAAUUUGCAUAAGAGGAUGAGGUAAGCAACAAUCCACACUUCAAGGAUGGAAAUAAUUCUUUCACUGGGAAAAUUUAGCUCAUGAUCCUUUAUGUUAAUCCGUCACGGUUUGAGUUCAUUUAAGUUUUCAUACAGGACUCCUGGUAUCACAGAAUUGCUUUAGAUGCCAUGUUAUCUCUUUCAUGGAGGCCAAAGAGCAAGAACAAACUUUGCCCCGCCCUGCUGAGUUUCUGCCUACUUUAUUGUAGGUCCACCGUCCUGCCCGCGCAAGGCCCACACGUUCUCUUUUCUGUCCGUGACACACAGCAACACGGACUCAGA